ACCUUUCACUUUCUCACCUGCGCCGUUUUAUUUUGUGCUGACUUUUUUAUUGUCCUUCUCCUCUUCCGCUUCUCUCUGUCUUCUAUUAACAAAACAUUGUUGCAGAUUCAUAGAUCUCUCGAGUUCUAAAAGAUAUAAUCAAGGAAUUUGGAUUUGUUAGUAAGUUGAAAAUAAGAUGAGGAUAGAGAAGUGUUGGUUCUGUUCCUCUGCCGUAUAUCCAGGGCAUGGUAUUCAGUUUGUCCGCAAUGAUGCAAAGAUAUUUCGCUUUUGUAGAUCAAAAUGCCACAAGAACUUCAAGAUGAAGAGGAAUCCUCGCAAGGUGAAAUGGACUAAGGCCUAUAGGAGGUUGCAUGGAAAGGACAUGACGCAGGAUUCUACCUUUGAGUUUGAGAGGAAGCGUAAUAGGCCGGAGCGAUACGACAGGAAUGUCACAGAAAACACGCUGAAGGCCAUUAAGACGAUUGACAAAGUCAGAUCAAGGAGGGAAGCCAAACACAUUGAGAGGAGAAAGAAGGGAAAGAAGGGGCAGCUGAUGAGAGAGGCAGUAAAGGAGCUAGAGCAGAGCAUCAACUUAGUCAAAGCCCCAGCUGUCCUCAGCGAGGAUCCAUCUCUUACUCUUCCAAAGAUCAUGGUCAAGGCAUCCCAACCACAGGAGAGUCAACGCAUGGAAGAAUGAGUCCUCUGUCCAGUGAUGUUUCUGAUCAGUGGAUCUCGUGUUGUUGAAAAAGAAAAAGAAGAAAGAAAAAAAAACAUAUUUUCUCUCUCUCUCUCUCUCUCUCUCUUUUGUUUUUGUUUUUUUUUUUUUUUUUACCUCUUAACAAAUGCUUCAUCUGAGAAUGGAAGACUUAAAUUAGUUUUGAAUGGUUGUAAUUUUUUAGUAGUAUAGCAAGUUCAGCUAUUCUAAUUAGUUUGUUACUCAUAAGAUAAUUAAUCAUAUAAGAUUAUGUUAUUUUAAUGUACAAGUAAAUCUUGAGCACUCAAACAAUAGAUGACUCGGGGAUAUUCCUCCAAUUUAGUUGAGAAAAAACAAA